ACUAAUGCGUAUAAACUCAAAGAGGGCGAAAGAGGAAGCGAUUAUUCGAGCUGCAGCACAAGCUGCAGCAGCAGCAGCUGCAUCACAACAGCAGCAGCAGCAACAACAGCAGCAGCAGCAGCAACAGCAGCAGCAUCAGAGCGUACCAAAAGCACCCCAAUCAGCACCAUUUAUGAUUAUCAAAAUACUUCGGGAACACCGCUUCAUAUACAACAACAGCAGCAGCAGCAGCAGCCGCAACAACCCCAACCACCGCAACAACCACCACAACAGCAGCAGCAGCAGCACUACGGGGGUAGCAGUUAUCCGAUACAACAACAACAACAACAUCAGCUACAACAAAUGCCAUUGCAAGAGGCUUCGAUGGUACCACAACAACAACGUCAGCCACAACACAUCAUGCUUGGUGGAGGGCAUAUUGUAACACAAGGACAUAGUCAGAUGGGCAAUCAAACAGCCAUAUCACAGCAACAACAGCAGCAAGGAAAUGGUCUACCUCCCUGCCAGCAACAACAACAGCAGCAGCAGUUACCUCCGGUUGAGCAACCAGUACAAGCAACUGCAUUACUGCAGCAGCAACCACAAUUACUGCAGUCGAAAAACAUGAGUACUUCAGCUUCAACCGGUAGUAUGUCAGUACCGCUUAGUUAUUAUCAAGGAAGAGACCACCAGCAGCAACAGCAGCAGCAACAACAACAACAGCAAGCUAGUACCAAUUUCUCGACACCUCGUAUGCAGUCAUCACUGCAGCAACCGCAUUUAUUCAUGCAUUCGAGCAGCAGCGCGCAAAACAUAACUGUAGUGCAGCAGCAACAUCGGCAGCAGCAGCAGCAGAAACUUCAUCAUCAUUCUUCUGAUAUAUCCGGAACACUGCAGCAACAACAGCAGCAGCAGCAGCAUCCUGAUAUGCCCGGAACACUGCAGCAUCUGGCAGGUGGCGCUACGGUAGCACAACUGGUGUGGCAGCCAAUCGUUGGCAGCUUUGACUCACUACUGUGUCCGCACAUGUCGGGGCGUCAGAGCGGUCGCCGGCAGGCAGCACUAAAAGAGGAUUACUGUAGUAGCAUGCAGCAAUACUGUGGUGCAAUCAGCGUGACAGUAACUCGUUGGCAGCUUUGA